AUGCCCCACCUUCCUCUGCCUUCUGCUGCCCAGUGUUCAACAUCAGAGGUGGGAUCUGGCCACUGGCUGCUGCGCCUGCUUCUCCAGACUCCUUUCCAUCUGGGAUCCUUGGGGACAAGUGAGAUAUCUGACAAGGGGCUUGUCAAGAUGUUUCGGGGCCUACUAGGGAAGACACUGGGCUUUAUAGGAUACACUGUACAGUAUGGUUGCAUCGCUCAUUGUGCUUUUGAAUACAUUGGAGAAUUUGUAGUGUGCUCUGGUCCUUCCAUGGAGCCAACCAUUGUCAGCAAUGACAUUGUGUUUUCAGAGAGGAUGAGUCGUCAUCUUUACAAAAUACAAAAGGGUGAUAUUGUCAUUGCAAAAAGUCAAUUUGAUCCAACUAUGAAUAUCUGCAAAAGAGUCAUUGGUGUGGAAGGUGACAAAGUUUCUAAUCACUCCGACCUCUUCACUUCCCACACAUAUGUCCCAAAAGGCCAUGUAUGGCUUGAAGGGGAUAACCUGAAGAAUUCUACAGACUCCAGAAACUAUGGCCCAAUUCCUUACGGCCUAAUUCGAGGACGGGUUUGCCUGAAGCUCUGGCCGCCACAUACCUUUGGAACCCUUGGAGAAAACCCAAACAAACAGAUUGUAAAAAGCUCUAUAGAUUCAGAUUGA